UUGGGAAAACAAAACCAGACUUGCAUGCUGUGAAGACUCUGAAAUGCAACCAUCGCAUCGCCUCUUCUCUCGUCUCUUUCAUUCUCCGGUGAAGGGUUACAGCAGAGCGACAAAUGUAGGCGGCUCACUUCACGUAUUGUUGCAAUUCGACGACACAAACAACGGAGCUGUAGAGACCCAUCGGAGUUUUAGCUCUCUUAUCCGUUCCACUUGGCAGUUAUCUAGUCGAGGUCUUGGCGGCGUGCGAUGCUCUGUUUCGCUCGAUAGAGAUGUUCCCCUUAUUGAGCUGUAUACUUCUCACCGGAAUUUGUUCACUCGGGCUAAACAAGCCAAGAGAAUUGAGAUCAAUGAUCAACAUAGUCAAAGAGCUGUCACUACUGCACUAUGGUGCAACUUCCUUGUGUUUUCUCUCAAAUUUGGUGUUUGGUGGACAAGUUCUAGCCAUGUCAUAAUGGCUGAAGUUGUUCACUCCGUCGCUGAUUUUGCUAACCAGGCGCUUCUUGCUUAUGGUCUCAGUAGCUCAAGGCGUGCACCAGAUGCUCUUCAUCCCUAUGGCUACUCAAAAGAAAGAUUCGUAUGGUCUUUGAUAUCUGCUGUUGGCAUCUUUUGCCUUGGGUCUGGUGCUACCAUUGUUAAUGGAGUACAGAACUUGUGGACUUCUCAGCCACCUCCAAAUAUGGAAUAUGCUGCUGUGGUAAUUGGUGGCUCUUUUUUAAUUGAAGGUGCAUCACUUCUAGUUGCAAUACAAUCUGUGAAAAAAGGAGCUGCACAAGAAGGCAUGACCAUAAGAGAUUAUAUAUGGCGUGGUCAUGAUCCUACUUCUGUUGCUGUUAUGACUGAGGACGGCGCUGCAGUGGCAGGUUUGGCAAUAGCUGCGGCUUCUCUGGUUGCUGUUAAGAUGACAGGAAAUGCUAUUUAUGAUCCUAUAGGAUCCAUUGUAGUUGGAAAUUUACUUGGAAUGGUUGCUAUAUUUCUCAUACAACGGAACCGACAUGCCUUGAUUGGAAGAGCAAUGGAUGAUCAAGACAUGCGUAAAAUUCUUCAUUUUCUAAAGAACGACUCGGUUGUAGAUGCUCUAUAUGAUUGCAAAAGUGAAGUGAUUGGUCCUGGAUCCUUCAGAUUUAAAGCUGAAAUAGAUUUCAAUGGGCAGGUUGUUGUCCAAAACUAUUUGAAGAGAACUAAGCAUGAAGAGUGGGCAAAACUGUUUCGCGAGGCUGCAAAGAAAGGAGAUGAUUCUGCAAUGCUUAAUAUUAUGUCAAACUACGGUGAGGAAGUAGUAACGGCUUUAGGAAGUGAAGUAAUCCGGUUAGAGAAACAGAUCCGAGAGCUUGUCCCUGGAAUCCAGCACGUUGACAUCGAAGCACACAAUCCCAUGGACCAAUCUCUAUGAUCUGAAAAAAAAAAGUUGCUCUUCUUCAAGGUCUGAGUAGUUAUGGAUAAUUCUCUUUUUGCCUAAAUAAUGGAAACCAAAGCUAUGGCUGUAGUAAGAAGCCUGGCGCUCUUGGAGAAAUUGAAAGAGUUGAUGGAUUCUUCUAUAUCUUCGUUUCUGAUACAAGUAGAAGACUUAAAAGUCUCAUGAGUGACUUUGAAAUUCUAUGUGUACAAGAGCUGAGUUGUGAUUCUGAUCUAUAUUAUUUUUUAUGUACACAACUAUGUUUUUGGUACUUUCUGACCGCAAC